UUAAACACUUCCGUAAUAUUGUGAGUUCAUAUUUUAAUUACCGAAAUGAUUCAAUUUAAGAAGUAUGUAGAAUAAAAAAUGGCUACGAGCGUUUACCUGAGGAAAACAAAAAGCAUUUGAAAUAUAAAAUGGAAGAAAAAGUUGAUAAAUACCUAAAAGCUGUUGAAUAAAACGCUAUUUUUUUAGACAAAAUAGUUGAAAGUUACCACCAUAUAGUUUAUGGAAUUGACCCAUAUACAAAAACUUAAUCAAAUCCAUAAAAAUAUGUAUUAUUUAAAGACGUGUCUAAACUAAGAAGUACAUUAAAAUAAUUUGUUAGAGAUUGGAGUAAAGAAGGUAAAGUUGAAAGAGAUAAAUGCUAUAAACCUGUUUUAUAAGAAUUUUAGAAAUAUUUUCCCGAAAAUUUUAAAAAUGGAGAAAGAGUAAGAGUACUUUUCCCAGGAUGUGGCUUAGCAAGAAUUGUAUUGGAUUUUGCCAGUCUAGGAUAUGGAGCUUAGGGAAAUGAAUUUUCUUAUCAUAUGCUUUUUGCGAGCAAUUAUUUACUUAAUAUAGUAGAAAAGGCCGAAAGUAUAUAAAUUUAACCUUUUAUUCAUUCGUUUUCGAAUAAUUUUUCAUUUGAAAAUCCCUUUAGGGUAUAUACAAUACCUGAUGUGCUUCCUAUGGACUGCGUACAACCUGAUAAUGAUGAUUUUUCAAUGUCUGCAGGGGAGUUUGUGGGUAUUUAUAAAAAAUAAAUUAAAUAAUGGCAUGGGGUUUGUACAGUUUUUUUUAUUGAUACAGCUAAUGAUAUUAUUGAAUAUAUAAAAACUAUAUAUAAUUGUCUUAAAAAAGAUGGAAUAUGGAUUAAUUUAGGACCUUUGCUUUAUCAUUAUGCAGAUUCUCUUAUUGAACCUUCAAUUGAACUUUCUUGGGAGGAAGUUUUGCAUGUAAUUAAAGGCGUAGGGUUUGAAGUUGUUGUACAUGAAAAUAUUUAAACAAAUUACGCAUCAGAUCCAUUUGAUACAAUGAUGAAAGUAUAGUAUAAUUGUGUAUUUUUUACUGCUAUUA